AGGACCAAAAUGACAUCACUAUGUUAGAGUCAAGUUAUAGUGUGUGUGACUGUGACUAUCAGACUAAUAUGAGCUUGGAAUGCUCUGCCAGGUAGGGCACAACUAAUGGGAAAAUAUUGAACAAAAUGAACGACACAGAAUGUAAAUAGGUGGUUUUCCAAGGCUGUAUGCAACCUGCAGGGAUCCUCAUGUAUAGGCAGGUGGCCUCUGUCUGCAUUUGAGUUGGACAUGACUGUCCUAGGGCAUGCACAGCCCUGAACCUGAAUCCACUUGGGCUUCCUGGCUUUGAGGCCAGCUCCAUAGUUAGGUGGUCACUGCCUCUCACCCUAAUAGCUGCUGUGAUAAUAAUUAGGAAUAGUAUUUAUGGAGCACUUAAAGUUUACAAAAUACUUUGCAAAUCUCUUUGGAUCUUGACAACAGUCUUGGGAGGUGGGGCAAACCGAUUCAGGGUCACAGAGUUAGUGAAUGUCUGAGUCUGGCUUUGACGCUAUCCACUGGGCUACCACCUACCCAGAGUAAAAUAAGAAAAGGACAUAAUUAAUCGGCCACAAAGUCUCUAACGCUGAGAACCCCCCAAGCCACUCACAACUCUCCUUCCAACUCAGGGCUAAGCUGUCCUGCAAACUCCCACAGCCUAUUCGACUAGAUCUACUUUCCAUCUUUUCAAGCUGUCCGUUCUGGCCAGUCUCCUGUUGUGCUCUCCUCGCACCCUGGGCCUGAACUGUCCUGGCCCCUAGCAGGUCAUGGACUCAAUCCAAGCCUUCCUUUGUGGAUUCUUCUCUGGAGAACCACCACCAUUACCUUUCCAUUUAUCUCCCCUUUGUCCACUCAGGAUGCCUGAGACUUCCCAGACCAAAAGACCUUUCUCCCACAGUCAGGGCUCUCCUGUGUGUCGCCUCCCCUGCCUGGAACAUUGGAAGGGAGGGAUGGUCUCAGUUGUAUCCCUUGGGCUUAGCACUGGGCCUGAUACACAGUGCUCUUCCUUCACUUGAUUCAUUAGAACGUCAUGACCAUCUCUUGGGUGAAUGAAAAGAUCAACAAGCCCACCUCAAAUCUGCUUGGGUUCUCAUGCCCCAGGAGGGCAGACUUUGGGCACGGGAAGCUGCCUGUGUCAUUUAGAUCCCUUUGCUGAGGGGGAAGCAUGAGGAGAGUGGGAGACAUUAAUCCAGAGAUGACUGCAAUAUGGAAACGUCAGGUGUCCACAAGUCCAGGUAAACUAUGUGACGUUUCCUAUCGCAAGAAGGGUCUACUGAUGAAGGACUGGAGCCUGUCAGGAGCCAUGGUUAGGUCUUGGAUUGGUCAAUCAGGGAAUCAUCCCAUGAGGGCUACCGGUGAGUGGGCGUGGUGUAAAAGGAGAGCCAGUGAAGGAGACAGGUAAGAGGAGGACCAAUAGGCACGAUACCAUGAAAACUCAAAGGCCACUGGACUGUGACGCCCCUGGAAGAGAGAGUGACACCGAGGACUUAGCGCAAGGGCCAAAGACAGACCAGGUGCUCCUCCCCGGACCCUCCCGCCAUGGAGACACGGAAAAGACUCACUUGCCUCCUUCCUCCUCUUUUCCCCUCCUCCCCCGCCCACCUCCCUUCCAGCUUCCCAGAGCUGGGGGCAGCUCAGGAGGACCCUGGAUCAGCAGGUCUGUCUGGACAAAAGCAUUUGGUGUUUCAGGGGUCAGUGACCUUCAGGGAUGUGGUUGUGACCUUCAGCCCUGAGGAGUGGGGGCACCUGGACCCAUCCCAGAAGGCUCUCUACCAAGAGGUCAUGCUGGAAAACUACAGGAACAUGGUCUGCCUGGGACUUGCUGUUGCCCAGCCCAGUGUGAUGGACCAGUUGGAGCGAGGGGAAGCCCCUUGGACUCCAGAGGGAGAAGAUUGGGAGACUGGACCGAGGGCCGAGGAGUUUGGCCCAAAGCUGGGCGUUUCUAUGGAACACUCAUCCCAAGAGAAUGAUACCUAUAGUGUCCACUGGCUAGAAGCCUGGGCCACCAGGGACGCUGGCCUGGAGAGGGAACAGAGAGAGGAGGAGGAGGAGGCCAAGGGUGUUGGCAGAAGAUCCAAGCUAGGGCAAAGACCUGUCAGAGAGAGUGAGGCUUGCAGAAGGUUCUUCACGCAGGAUGCAGAGCUAAGUAAAUGGAACAGAAUCUGCUCCAAGAAGAUAUUUAUCAGUGAUAGUGAAUGUAGGAUAGGUUUCAACAGGAACUCACCCUUUGCUUCUCAUCAGUCACUUUGCACUGGAGAGAAACAUUAUCUGUGUAGUGAAUGUGGGAGGGCUUUUAACCACAGCUCAUCCCUGACUUCCCAUUACAGGGUUCACACUGGAGAGAAACCAUAUGAAUGCAAAGAUUGUGGGAAGGCUUUUUCCCAUAGCUCACAACUUACCUCCCAUUCCAGAACUCAUACUGGGGAGAAGCCCUAUGAAUGUAAGGAAUGUGGGAAGGCUUUCCUCCAGAGGACUCGGCUUAAUCGACACCAGAGUGUUCACACUGGUGAGAAACCCUACCAGUGUAACCAGUGUGGCAGGGCCUUUACAAGAAGCUCCUCCCUCAUUUCCCAUCACAGGAUUCACACUGGAGAGAAACCUUAUGAAUGCAAUGAGUGUGGGAAGGCCUUCAAUCGCAGCUCCUCACUCGUUUCCCAUCACAGGCUUCAUACAGGAGAGAAACCUUAUAAAUGUAAUGAAUGUGGGAAGGGCUUUCGCCUGAGGGCUGAACUCUCCCGCCACCAGACAGUUCACACUGGAGAGAAACCUUAUGAGUGUAAUGAAUGUAGGAAGACCUUCUGCUUGAGGGCUGAACUCACCAGACACCAGAUAAUUCACACUGGAGAGAAACGCUAUGAAUGUAAUGAAUGUGGGAAGGCCUUUACACGCAAUCCUUCCCUCAUCUCCCACUACAGGAUUCAUACUGGAGAGAAACCAUUUGAAUGUAAAGAAUGUGGGAAGGCCUUUGGCAGGAGAACAGGACUCAUUUAUCAUCAGAGGAUUCAUACUGGAGAAAAACCUUAUGAGUGCAGUGACUGUGAGAAGUCUUUCUCCCAUAGGUCAGAACUCACUUCUCAUUAUUGGAUUCAUCUUGGGGGGAAACCUUAUAAAUGUAAUGAAUGUGAGAAGGCCUUUGGUCAGAGAACACAAUUAAUUUGUCAUCAGAGGAUUCACACUGGAGAGAAACCCUUUGAAUGUAAGGACUGUGGAAAGGCCUUUACUCGCAGCUCAUCCCUUACGUCCCAUUACAGGAUUCACACUGGAGAGAAACCGUAUAAAUGUGUUGAAUGUGGGAAGACUUUUGGCCGGAGAACUGAAUUAAUUUAUCAUCAGAGAAUUCAUACUGGGGAGAAACCCUAUGAAUGUAAGGAAUGUGCAAAGGCCUUCUCUCACAGAUCAGAACUUACUUCUCAUCAGAGAAUUCAUACUGGAGGGAAGCCUUACAAAUGUAAGGAGUGUGGGAAGUCCUUCCGCCUGAGUUCACACUUUGCUCGACAUCAAAGAAUUCAUACUGGAGAGAAACCUUAUGAAUGUAGUAAAUGUGGGAAGACCUUCAACCGUAGCUCGUCCCUUGCUUCCCAUCACAGGAUUCACACUGGAGAGAAAACUCAUGAAUGUAAUGAAUGUGGGGAGGCUUUCCAUCUAAGGACUGAACUUACACAACAUCAAACAGUUCAUACUAGAGAGAAAUCUUAAGCCUGAUGAGUAGAAUAGAUGUAAAUCAGAUUGCAGACUGAUCCUUCUCUGAUCCCUUCCCUUCCUUAACCUCCCUCCACCCACCCCCAUCACUCUUCCUUGUGAGAAGGUGAGCAGUGGGAGGCAGAGCACACCAAUUAACUGACCCUGUCUGAUAGCGUGUGCCUCAGAGUCCAACAGUUUUGUGAACUGUUUUGGUCUGGCUUCUUGCACCUUAUUCCUGAAUCAUACUUUGCAGUCAGUUAUUAUCACUAUCCUCACGUACCAGUCCACCUUUAAUUGGAGUAAAUAAGUAUCAAAAUGUUGAUUUAAUUUGGCAGGGUCUUAUCCUCUUCUCUAGAAUCUCCCAGUGUCUUACUGGUCACUAGUAGGUGUGUUGGCACAUAAGUUGUGGUCAUUUUCCUGGAUUCUUUUUUUGUUGUUGUUGUAAAUAUUGGAAUCAAAACCAUUAAGCACUUAUGAUAUGUAAAGCACUGUGCUAAACCUCAGUCUGCAAACAUCACUGCUUCCAAGGAAUUCAGACUUUAAUGGAAAGAGCCACAUAUAGGGGAAGUUUCAGUUGUAUGUCAGAUGGAAAGAUCCCAUGGUCCUUGGAGAGUAGUAGCCAAGCAGAUGGUCAUGCCUCUUUUUAAAAUUUUUACCUAAAAUUGGAUCUUUAUUAUGUAUAACUUGAUUUUCUUUUUUCCAAUUUUUAGCAUUUUAAUUUAAAGUUUUGAGUUCCAAAUUCUAUUCCUUUUCCCUU